CUCAGUAGGAACACACUCACAGGACCAAGGAAAGUGAGGAGAGCCGCUGAUGAGACGGACAGCUCAGGAAAAGCCCUUCUGGAUGGCGUGACGGGGCAGUAAAAGCAGUUGAUUUAGGCUCAGUGUUACUUGGAUGGGCUGGCCACACUGAAGGACUCUGGCUUCCAGGGUGAAUUGGAGGAUGACGUCGACAGACAGCAUUGAUCCUAACAUCAUGGAACUACAGCCUGUGUUUACUCAACCCAGUAAUCAUAAUCUACAGCCAAGUCAAGCUGUGGCUUCUGGGGCUUCCAACCCACAGAACGGCAUCCUAAAGAAAUUCCUUAAAGGGGAGCCAAAAGUCCUAGGGGCCCUCCAGAUCCUGCUUGCUCUGGUGAUCCUAUACUGUGGAAUGUAUCUAGUAAUAAUGAUAAGCCAACAUCACUACUGGUUGUGUUCAUUGUAUUCAUUCUGCGGAAGCUUAUCUUUCAUCAUCUCAGGAUGCCUCUCAGUAGCAGCUGCAGAAAACCACACAAAAUGCCUGAUGCAAGGCUGCCUGAUAACGAAUAUUAUUAGCAUGCUAUUUGCAGGUAGUGGGAUUAUUAUCUUCUUACAAGUUUUGCUACACUUCCCAUCUCAGUUCCACCAAUUUCCCUUUUUAUAUGGGAUGCUUUUUAUGGAGUUGUGGUUAAUUUGUUUGGAAUUCUGCAUUAUGAUGUCCCUCUCAGUCUUUGGGUGUAAGGCAGUUUGUGUCAACACAAGUCAGACUGUGAUUUACCAGUCUCCUAAUUCCCAUGGACCUGUGAUGGCAUUCCAAGAAAGUGACUAUGAAUCAUUGACUAACCUUCCUCAACAUUACGACCAGUUAGUACAUCAGAAAUGACAUCCUCCUGACUGUAUGGUGACCCAUUCAAGGGUCAAAGCCAUCUAGAAGACCCUUGCACUUAGCUCACGAGUCAGGAAUCUGCAACAAAUGUGGUCU